AUGUAUUACAUUACAGAUCAUAAAUUAAUUAUUAGAAACCAAAGAAGAUCACUAUGGAAAACUAAUAAAUCUAAUAGAGAGUUUUAUAUCAAAAGCAUAGGCAUUUUCUUAACUUAACCAAUUUUAUUAGAAUCUAAAGUUCCAAUUAAAUUAUGUGGCCAUAAACUCUUUAUUUAAGUAGUUCAUAUUCAUGACUAAUGCUCAAAUUUGUUGAGAUUAGUUCAAUUUACAGGAUUUCCUAAAGAAGCUUAUUAUUUAUUUCUUAGAGAUAGGUAUAAACUAUCUCUCUUUACUAUUUGCUUAUAAAAUUUGAUAUUCUGA